AACUUCAAAAAAAAAAAAAAAAAAAAAAAGAAGAGAAUAAGGAGAAAGCACAUUUUUUUUUUUUUCAACAUCAAAAACCAACGAAACUUGUAGUGAAUCAGACGCAGUAGCGCAACAUUUUCUUUGCGUUAAAAACAAUACUUACUUACUCUAGUAUUUUUACAUGCGAAUAAUUUAAAAGACAAUAAGUGCAAGAAAGAGAAAGAAAAAAAGGCAGAGAGAAAGAAAAAGAAAGAAAAAAAAGAAGAAGAAGUGAAAGAGAAAAACUGUCACACAAAAUAUAAAGUUCAUAUUUUGUUGCUGUUAUUGUACAUAAAAUCCCUUGUGCUGAACGACAUUUUUGGAGCAGUGCAGCAAACAGUGAACUCCAGCGGAGCCAUCGUUAGAGUAGGUCAGAGCAACGUUUAACUUUGUAUAACCGCUGUAAUAACUCAAGGAAACGGCUGUUUAACGAAGACAAAAACACAAACCAUCUAACGCAUACAAGGAUUGAGAAGAAAGGCAUUAGAGUAAGCGUCAGCAUGUUAUGGAAAAUGGGCAGCGUAGGCAUGUUAGCCUGCGGAAUAAUUCUAUUAUGCGCUGUCACCAGCGUCAACUCUUAUUCAAAAUAUGGGCGUAACUGCAACGAUAUUGGCUGUUUGCCCAACGAGGAGUGCGUCAUUACAUCGGAUUCGUGCAGUUAUAAUCAACGCGAUGGCAAAGAUUGCGGCAGUUAUCCCACUUGCAAGAGGAAGUCUGGUGGCGCCAGUUCUUCCUCACCAUCAUCAUCCUCGUCACCGUCUUUAAAUCCUUCAGUUAACAGUGGUCAGACGCAUAAUUCCUAUAAUCCUAGUGCCCCACCAGCUCCAAAUAGUGGUGGCGGAGGCAAUAGUGCUGGAUAUGGUGGCGGUUUUUCGGCUGGUGGCCAUAGCUUAUAUCCCAGUCUGCCUACCGACACCAAUAGUGGUGGCGUCAGCGGCGGCGCUGGCGGUUAUCGCCCCUACGGCGGUGGUAGUAAUGGCGGAUAUCAACCUGGCGGAUAUCAACCUGGCGGAUAUCAACCCGGCGGUUAUCAACCGGGCGGUGGCUAUGUACCCCCCAAUCAUCCUAGCGGUGGUUACGUGCCAUCAGCGCCUGGUUAUGGCGGCCGAGGCGGCUACUCUGGUGGUAAUGGCGGUGGUGCGGGAAGCGGAGGCUACACUCCAUCUAAACCGAAAGAGAAAGACAGCAACGGUUUCUUCUCUAGCUUUUUCUCUAAUCCGGCCGUAAGUCAGGCAGUUACUGGCAUAAUUGCCGGUCAGAUUGCAAGUACAUUACGAGGUGGUGGUGCGGGUGGUAAUCAAGGCAUGCAACAACCUAGUGGUGGUUACGGUGGUGGUGGUGCACCUUCCUCUUCUUCGCCUGGCAGCAAUUUCCUGGGCGGACUUUUAACGAACGUUUUAACGGGCGCAGGCGGCAGCGGUCACGGAACGCCAAGUAGCAGUGGUAGCAGCGCCAGCAAUUUCUUAGGCAGUCUCUUAAGCGGAGGUGGCACUGGCGGAAAUCGUGGCAGCAGCUCUGGCACUAGCGGUGGUCUUGGCGAUAUUUUCAGCUCUCGCAAUUUCGGAGGACUUUUCAGUGAGAAUCCUUCUUCACGCAGCGGGUCGUCCGGCUCUUCCCAACCCGCUAGCUCUAGCGGUCCAAAAAGCUAUCCUACUCAACCCCCUAUGAAUGGUAACUAUUAUAAUAUGGGCUAACGUUAUUACGUGUUACCCCGUUAUAAGCAUAAGCCAUUGUUCUAUUUUAACUAAAAAGUGUAGAGAAACUUAACUCUUUAUUU